GAUUUUCAAGAAUGUAAAUCUUGAUUCUACAGAGAAAGUUUUGUUCUUUGAAGAUGGUAUUCAGAAGAAUUCUUGUUUUGAUGAUGGGCUGUCUAGGAUGUGCUGAUCAGACAACAGAACAAAAUGCUAAUAAUAAUAUGGAAUCCAAGUCAUCAGUUGUAGAUGAAUCUGCUAUUACUACUCUUAGAGUCAGACUUAGUGAUGGGAGGUACCUGGCUUACAGAGAAAGAGGAGUACCCAAGAACAAGUGCAAAUACAGCAUCAUUCUUGUUCAUGGAUUUGGCAGCUCCAAAGAAAUGAGCUUUAUGGCUUCUGAUAAACUCCUAGAUGGAAUGGGGAUAUACCUUCUGAUAUACGACAGAGCUGGAUACGGAGAGAGUGAUCCAAAUCCAAAACGAUCUGUUAAAAGUGAAGCAUCUGAUAUCGAAGAGUUAGCUGAUCAAUUGCAAUUAGGAUCUAAGUAUUAUGUUAUUGGCGUGUCGUUGGGAUGUUACCCUGCUUGGAGCUGCAUCAAACGCAUUCCUCAAAAGCUUGCAGGAGUGGCAUUAAUAGUCCCGUUUAUCAAUUACAAAUGGCGCUCGCUACCUGAUGAUCUCACGAAGGAUGAUUACAGGAAACAACUCUGCCGGCUUAUGCUUUUGCUCACAUGUUGUACUCCGGGGCUAUUACAUUGGUGGUUCACUCAAAAAAUGUUCCCAUCAGCUACUGUUCUUGAAGGAAAUCCUAAAUUUUUUUGUGACAAAGACUUGGCCGUCUUGAAGAAUACAGACGGAUAUCAAUUGUUCACUCAGGACGGGAUAAGGAAACGAAGGGUAUUCGACUCCCUACGUCGUGACUUCAUUGUGGCAUUUAGCAAGUGGGAUUUUGAUCCACUGGAGCUAAGUAACCCGUAUCCACAAAACGAAAGCUCUGUUCACAUAUGGCAAGGUUACGAGGACAAGGUUGUGCCGGUUCAAUUACAAAGACACGUCUCGAAAACACUCCCUUGGAUUCAGUAUCAUGAAGUUCCUGAUGGUGGGCACUUGCUUGUGUAUGAUACUGUUGUGUGUGAAGCUGUCUUGAAAUCACUUUUGCUUGGUGAAGAUCCUCCAUUGUACAGGCCUAAAUUAGUUGUUUGAGUCUAAGUUGGACGGACUCUUCACUUUCGUUGCCGCACUCGUGUCGGAUUCUCCAAAAACACACUACUUUUGGAGAAUCCGACUUGCACCCAUUGACAUAGUUGAAGUGUCCAAACAACAUAGGUUUGAGUAUUAGUUCAUUCAUUGUACCCAAAGAUGACCCCUGUAAGUUACUCCAUCCAUAUCAAUUUGUUUGUGUUACUUUCUUU